AUGCGUGUUCUUGUAACUGGAGGUACAGGACUUGUUGGUUCAGCAAUAAAAAAAGUUAUUUUAGAAGAAGAUUGUAAAGAGGAUGAGUAUAUUUUUAUUGGUUCAAAAGAUUGUGAUUUAACAAAUCUUGAAAAAACUAGAGAAUUAUUUAAAAAACAUAAACCUACCCAUGUAAUUCAUUUGGCUGCUAAAGUUGGAGGUUUAUUUGAUAAUAUGGCUCAUAAUUUGUCAUUUUUUCAAAUAAAUAUGGAUAUUAAUAAGAAUGUACUUCAAUGUUGUUAUGAAGAAAAUGUUAUAAAGUGUGUUUCAUGUUUAUCAACGUGCAUUUUUCCUGAUAAGACAACAUAUCCAAUAGAUGAAUCCAUGAUACACAAUGGUCCUCCACAUGACUCAAAUUUUGGAUAUUCUUAUGCUAAAAGAAUGAUUGAUAUUCUUAAUAGAGGUUAUGCUCAAGAACAUGGUGUAAAAUAUACCUCUGUAAUACCAUGUAACAUUUUUGGAGAAAAUGAUAAUUAUAAUUUAGAUAGUGCUCAUGUUAUUCCAGCAAUUAUACAUAAAGUAUAUUUAGCUCAAAAAAAUGGAACACCAUUAACUGUAUUUGGAAGUGGUACUCCAUUAAGGCAAUUUAUUUAUUCAUCAGAUUUAGCUAAAUUAUUCAUUUGGGUUCUUAAAAAUUAUGAUGAAAUUGAACCAAUAAUUCUUUCAGUUGAUGAGAAAGAUGAAGUUGCAAUUAUGGAUGCUGUAAAUGGUGUUGUAAAAGCAAUGAACUUUACUGGUGAAAUAUUUAAAGAUACAUCUAAAGCAGAUGGUCAAUAUAAAAAAACUGCUUCCAAUUCAAAAUUAAGAAAAUAUUUACCAGAUUUUAAGUUUACACCUUUUGAGGUGGCAUUAAAACAAUCUGUUGAAUGGUUUAUCAAAAAUUAUGACAAUGCUAGAAUUUAG